CGUUCAGGAGAGACUGUUAGCAAGUACUUUGUAGCGGUGUUGAAAGCUGUUUUAGAAUUGGCGAAGGAGAUUAUCGUACCUCCUUCAUUUGAUGUUGUCCCAGAAGAAAUUCGGAUUGAGCCAAAGUUUAAUCGUUACUUCAAGGGGUGCGUAGGUGCUAUUGAUGGCACCCAUAUUCAUGCUACCGUACCUGAACAUAUGCAGCCACGAUUUAGAGGCAAGUACUACGUCGUCGAUUCUGGUUAUGCUUCAAGUCCAGGAUUUUUAACACCAUUUAAAGGCGAACGGUACCAUAUACCAGAAUUUCGACGAAGUGGGGGACCAACAACAGCAAAGGAAUUGUUCAACCACAGGCAUUCUUCAUUAAGGAAUAUCAUUGAGAGAUCCUUUGCGGCUUUAAAGAAUCGUUUUUUUGUUUUGAGACAGAUGCCUCCAUUUAAAUUUGAAAAACAAGCACAGAUUGUAAUUGCAUACUGUGCGAUCCAUAACUACAUCAUUGAGCAAGAAAGGAUGGAUAAGUGUUUGUCCAUAUAUGGAGAUCCGGAUUAUGUGUAUGAACCUACUGAACAGGGUACAGACGAUGUAGCAACGAUUGAAGAGGGAACCGAGAUGAACAUUAUUAGGAAACGUAUUGCCAAUAAAAUGGCUAGGGAUAAUCAUAUGCCGGAGAUUCCAUGAAGUUCGGUUUUCCACUAUUGUAUUGUACUUCCAUUAUUAUUAUUCAAGGAUUGUUUGCUUUUUUUGCCUUUUGUAAUAUAAUGUUAUAUUGUAGGAUUUGUAUUAUGUGUAAUUGAGGAUUUGGUUCCAGGUCUUCUUGUAAUGACAUGUUAAUUUGGAA